CCCGCCUGUCUGCUCUUUAGUUACAGUAUGGCGGCUCGGACUUGCGGAGGAGGACAACUUCUUCUAGAUUCUUUCCAGACAAAUGUAGGAAGGCGACGACUGUAACUCUUAACCGUCCCCGGCAAACACGACCUGGACUGAGAUAGACGACGACUGCGCAAGUUGUGGCUUUGUUAUCCUGGAAUAUAAUCGGGCUGGUGUGAUGCGUGAGGAGGACCCGCAGUCAAGAAACUCCCCUGAUUUUUCCGCGUCUGUUUCUGCCCUGACUGUCAGUUAGCCGGCUAGCUGCUUGGUAGCUCACCUCACAGCUAGCUCACCACCUUUCAUGCUAACGUAGUAGCCGGGCUAGCUGUUUAUUUGCUCCCAGGAGACAGGGAUGGCAUUUCGCAUCCACUCGGUAAGCGAACUGAUUGAGAGGGGUGGGGAGAAAACAUUUGAGGACCUGGGUAAUAAGUUUGUCAGCACUCACUAGCCUAGCCUAGCCUAGCCUAGCUUGCUGGUACAACGCCAGGAAACGUUGGCCGAGCCGCUAGCGAGCUAGCCAAUUAGCAUUUUAGUUGCACAAGAAGACCUGCUAAUCCCCCCGUUCAUCCAGGCUGAGUGUUUGAAGCCUAUGUGCGACUUCAGACGAAGAGUGGAGACUGAACUGCUUUAGUUGGCGAAGCUUAAUUGACAGAUAAUGUCUUUAUAACUCAGGGUUUGUUUUUUGGCGUUCAGUCUUUCUAGGCGUCGUUAGCGGUCUUGUAGGUGUUCUCUGGAGGGAGUGGUGACGUUAGGUAGCUAGCUAAGGUUCCCUGUAUCAGGGUAACACUCAGAUUAUGACAGGCUGUAAAUGAUGAAUAUGUUACCGAUGACACGUUACUAAAACGCCAAACUUGCGUGGCGUGUUGCACAUCGGGGUGUGUGCACCUUGUCAGCUUGCUGCAAGACAAGACUUGACAGAACAAGAAAGCGCGCAAUACUUUAACUGCUCCCGAUAGACAUUAUAAAGAUCCUUCCAUGGAUUGAUAACUCAUUUGAUCACUUCAAUAGAGUUAUUGGCGUGAGCUGCUGCAAUCUUUAGGGGGACUAAAGAUCAAGCCUCUGGUGACUGGCUUAUCUCACCUGCUUCAGUGGUGGAAGAGUUUGAUGGACGUGGGAGGCUGUUUGCCAGACUGUCAAAGCUAUACUCAGUCAUGUAUGUCUUGACACAUGGCACCCUGGUCUGUGCAUAGUGCCUGCUGUCAGAUGUAAGUGUCGUUAUGUAGCUUUGGUGGACAGACAGUGAAAGGAAUGUCUUGUCUUUUUUAUACCUGUUGGUUUGUUUUUUAUUUUCGUUUUUUUCAAACACAGGAGAGUCUUGUUGAAUCGAGGUGGGAAAGCAGCGCAGCCCGGGCUGUGUACAGUGGACAAUGUUUAUUAGUUAGUGCCUAGAAGCUUAAGGACUAACAGUUUGGCCUACAUUAUAGGCCACAGAUAUAUUGGAGAUUAUACAUUGGGGAUUGCAACAGAAGCACGUCACUCUGGAUCAAGAAAACCUGCCCCUCGUCUCUGGUUGGAGUAAUACUCUAAAGCCAAAAUCAAUGCCUUCAGCGCUGGCCGUGUUCGCUUGCCGACCCAACUCGCACCCAUUCCAGGAGCGGCAUGUAUACCUGGAUGAGCCAGUCAAGAUCGGCAGGUCGGUGGCUCGGUGUCGUCCGGCCCAGAACAACGCCACCUUCGACUGCAAGGUGCUUUCCAGGAAUCAUGCCCUGGUCUGGUUUGACCACAAGACCGGCAAGUUCUACCUGCAGGACACUAAAAGCAGCAACGGGACGUUCAUCAACAGCCAGAGGUUGAGUCGCGGCUCGGAGGAGAGUCCGCCCUGCGAGGUUCUCUCCGGCGACAUUAUUCAGUUUGGCGUUGACGUCACUGAGAACACACGCAAAGUCACCCAUGGCUGCAUCGUGUCAACAAUCAAACUCUUCCUACCUGAUGGGAUGGAGGCACGCAGGCGAAGCGAUGUCAUCCAGACUCCGUUACCACUACCUGUAGACAAGGUUGCAGCCAACACUCCCAGUAUGUAUUCUCAGGAACUGUUCCAGCUCUCCCAGUAUCUACAGGAGGCCUUACACAGAGAGCAGAUGUUGGAGCAGAAAUUAGCUACUCUGCAGCGUCUGUUAGCCAACACUCAGGAGGCCUCGGAGAGCAGCUGGCAGGCUCUGAUUGAUGAAGACCGUCUGCUCUCCAGACUGGAGGUGAUGGGCAGUCAGCUACAGGCUUACUCUAAGUCCCAGACGGAGGAAGGUAUUCGUAAGGAACUCUUGGCUCUUCAGGAGGACAAACACAACUACGAGACAACGGCGAAGGAGUCCCUGAGGCGAGUCCUGCAGGAGAAGAUCGAGGUGGUCAGGAAGCUGUCAGAGGUGGAGCGCUCACUCAGUAACACGGAGGAUGAGUGUACCCACCUGAAGGAGAUGUCUGAGAGGGGCCAGGAGGAGCUGAGGGAGCUUGCCAACAAGUACAACGCUGCCGUCAAUGAGAUCAAAGAGCUCACUGACAAAAUCAAGGCGGCAGAGGGCCGGCAGGAAGAACUGACCCAACGGGGAGCGACGGAGAAGAGGGAGUUGGAGCUGCGGAUCGAGGAGAUGGAGGAGAAGGAGCAGGUUCUCCAGGCUCGCAUCGAAGCUCUGCAGGCCGACAAUGACUUCACCAACGAGAGGCUCGCUGCCCUGCAGGUGCGGUUAGAACAGCUACAAGAGAAAAGCAUUAAAGAGAACAACAGCCUGGAUGUCAACAAUGUCUCCCACGGACCAGUAGAGGAGCCUGUCGAGGACAAACAGAACCUGCAGACACCUGAGAGCCAGGAGGAAGACGAGGAUGAGGAGGAUACAGACACAGAUGAUGGUGCAGUUGGUCAAGAUGAAGAUAUUGAUGACAACUGUCAUGUUAACAACAGCGGAGGAGACUCGACUAGAAUCCAACAGUUUAUUGAGUGUCCGCCAGUCAAACAGCUGAAGGAGACUGUAAGCUCUUCAAUCCACAAACUGGCCAACUUUGAUGAAGUGAUGGACGCCCACCUACAGAACAACCAGACAGCAGAAGACGACCUCCUGGCCAGCCCUGAUCGACUCAAAGCGAAUCAGAUGGAUGCCAAAGAGUCCGACAUGUCAGACACUCUGAGUCCCAGCAAAGACCGCAGCAGUGACGACACGUCAGACGGCAACAUGGACGACCAGGAGCUGAAUGAACCACAGAACAGAGUAGCUCUGCUCAAAGCUGAGUUGCAUCGGGCUGGUCUAGAGCCUGGAGACACAGAGCAGGUCAUCCACCAUCUCCACAGAGAGCUUCUGGAGGCCCAGGAAUUAGCCAACACUGGCAAGCAGAGAUGUCUGGAGCUACAAGCUCUGCUGGAGGACGAGAGGAGGAGUAACUCUAAGCAGACUGAAGAGUCGACCAAACAGAUCCAGUACCUACAGACUCAACUUGGGAAGCUUCAGGCUGACAUGGAGGCCCUGAGAGAGCAGAGGGAGAGCACCAUCUGCACCACCAGAGAGGAGCUCUUCUCUGCCCAGGAGGAGAUUCUCAUCUUGCGGCGCACAAUGGAGGCAGCCGAGGUGGAGCGGGAGCGGGAGAUUGCCGCCUUGCAGGCCGACCUGGGCAGCGUGCGUUCUGAGUUGGAGCACUGGAGGAACAUGGCCACCAAGUAUGAGGAGGAGAUCAGCCGACUGCAGGAGGCCUUCACACAGCAGCGACAGCAGCAGAACACUGCCAACCAGCUGCAGGCGGAGUAUGUUACGUUGCAGCAGCGGUGUGUGUGUUUGCAGCAGGACUGUGACGGCCUGAGAGAUGAACGGAAAGCUCUUACGGACAAACUGCACCGCCUAGAGACUGAGCUGAGCAGCACCAGGGAGCAGAGUCUGGUCCUCAGCAGCAGUCUGGAGUCUCUGGAGAAGAGGGAGGGGGUUUUGCAGGACAAACUGGGUUCUCUGGAGAAUCAACACCUGCAGGAUGCAAGUAAUCUGAAGAGCCAGCUUGACCAGGCCCAGGCUCACACACACACACUGCAGAAAGAGUAUGAAGACACACAGUCCCAGCUGUUGGAUCUCCGUCAGCGCUAUGAAAGGACAGAGCAGGAGAAGCUGAACAUCCACCAGGAGCUGGAGCAGUGCAGGAGCAGCCUGAAGCUGCUGCAGGACAAGACCAGCUCUCCAUCCAUAUUGCAGCCUGUCCAAGCCAUAUUCAUUGGCCUUGUCCUGGCUCUGCUGUACUGGUGUUUCGGCCAGUUGUGGUAGAAAGAGCGGCUGGAGUCCCUGGAUGCCGGUCAUCGCAGUGAUGGUCGCUGUGACGGCAGCCGUCCUCUACCCAAACCUCUCCAAGAGCAGCUCCACCUAGGGCACACACACAGAGCGCUGUGAGGAGAGCAUCACUGCUUUACUUGUAUAAAGUCUAAUUGUACAUAAUUGUAGAGGGAAUAUAAAGGUUGUGGUUUCUACAGAGGAUUCUUGGUUUAUUUUGUUUUGAGUGUUGUUUUUCCGGCAGCGGGGAGUUUUGUGUUUUUAUUGUCGGCUCUCUCAGCUGUGGUGGGGGCUUUUUUUUUUUUUUUUGGUUUAGUCUCUCUGCUGAUUUCUGGGUAACAAAGCAUUCUCCAGUAGGCCGAGCUUCCACACAAAAAAAACCUGCCAGAGGUGACGUUCACUCCCGUCCCAUCGUACACGAGUGGGAUGGAGGUGCCACACUUUCCAGCAGCCAGUCCAGUCAGGGAAACACGAUCCAUGUUCAUCACUGAAAGCUAAAAGGCCUGCAUUUGCUGGAAGGAGCGUCUGUGCACCGUUUGACCGAUUUCAUUGGCUAUUGAAGUCUGUUAAAAGGUGGUGUUUACCUGUAGCUCUGUCAGAAAUAAUUUUAACAGUUUGAACGGACUCGGCUGCACCCUCAUAUCUCCAUAUUCAGCUUUAAGUUCUCUAAUAACCAGCGCGGUGCUUUCACCUGCCUCAUCUGUCCACGGUGAUCAACAAUAUGAUCACUUGGAGUUUAGAUGCUGAUAUUGGGUGUUAGUAUACUCUAAACUUAAAUUUGGCAUUUUUCUUUGAAGAACAUCAGAUUUUUGCCCUUGACAGGUUAAAAACUUGAUUAAAAUAACAGAUUACCAAUUUGGCAAAGCAGGCAACUGCCUCAGAUCCUUUCAUCCUCCAAUUUUAUGAAAUGUUUGGUACUAAAACUCAGUAAAAACUGUAAAGGUAACAGCCCUAAUGUUUUUUUAACCUAGUUUUUAUCCAGUUAUUAGAGGCCUACUGUUCACUUUUGCUUGUGUCCUUGUGGGUUAUUCUGGCUCUGUUUAUGUUAAACAUAGCGCCACUAUACAGUAAACUGCAUCCCAUCAGAUUUUCACAAAAAGACAAUAGCUUUCAGCUCCAUAUGUCAGUAAAACGAAGUAACUCCACGUUAAAUACUGCGUUAAUACUUCAUAAAAAUCACCUUCGUAGUAAAGCAUUGUAUUGUGGGAGCACAAAUUAAACAUGAACCCGUGACGGAGUGCGUCAGGUCACCUGGAUCAGUUCACCGUGUGGCUGGGUCUGAUGGAAAGUGUUCACAGGUUUCAGGAAGUCCUGCUCUGUUAUGUUCUCAUUUUAGUCGGCCAUGUUGGAUUUCUAACAUGGCGUUUUCUCUGUUUUUGUUUUGUUCUUUUUCGGGGGAGUUAGGGGUUUAAAACUUGAAGCCAAAUUUAUUAAAAUAAAAAUCAGAUCUAUUUUCAUUUCCUUUGUUUUUGGUAGUUUUGGGUUUAUUCUAUUCUUUUUCAUUUUCGGGGCACAGAAAACGGGGUCAAAGUGCCUCUGAUGUAACUAACACCACAGUUUGUGUAUGUGUGCGGCCAGACACGCACACAACUGCAAACACACACGCACACACGCACACACACACACACACACACACUUUUUUGACUGUCAGAGGUCUCUCAGUGUCAAGGGUCUGGAGAGAAGCUGUACAUUGGUGAGCUGCGAUGUCUCAUUAGCUGUUUCUGGAGCUUUCAGCAGCUACACAUGACCGCCUUCAACCAAGUCAUUGGCUCAGGUAGCACCUGAUAAUCGGAUGAUGUCUGAUGACAGGAGUGUCUCUUAAUUUAGGGAACAGCGCAGCCUUUUUUCGCUGUUGCCAUCCUCCAGACAAACUUUAAAUGCUUUGCCUCACUAGAUAUGUAAAGAUAGAAGAAUGAUAAAUAAUAGCUAAAAUGUGUUUGUUCUUAAAAACAGGAAGACCAUUCAGCUUCUCUCCAAACUUAAACGCUUGUGGUCUCUGCUGAGAUGUUUUAGCAGACAUUAAAUUAUUUAGAUGUGUGUGUGUGUGUGUGUGUGUGUGUGUGUCGGUUCACACUCUGGACUCUUGAGCAGCGUCUGUCAUCGUUCGUGUACUCUGUCUUGUCUCCGUGUUUAAAAAAAAUAAAUAAAUAAAUAAAUGAAACGACGAACAAAUAUUCCUGAUGUUUAAAGAGAAAAACACUACAGUACAGAGAGAGAAUUGUAAAAUAAAAUGUUAUUGAACGAUGUACUACUAGACUUAUUUUGUUAAAAUUGUUUAGAGAUAUGAGAGGGAGCUACGUAGAGGAUGAGGUAUGAUGAUGUAAUGAAUAUGCAGAGAAAUGUUUGGAUUAAAGUUGUAGCAAGCUGACCCACCAAA